GUUGAACAACAACAACAACAACAGCAAAAAAAAAAAGGUUAAAGUAAAUAACACUAAAAAAGAACAAAGAUGAUAUUUUCCGAGUUAAAUGCAAAUACUUAUUUGUAGUUUAAAUACUAUUUUUACACAGUUUAACACUUAAAACAGCGCACUCAGAUUUAUCAGAUAAUAAUCAUUAGGGAUAUCCAAACACUGAAAGCGAAAGCAAGUGUAAUUGUUUCAUUUCGGGUCAUCUCAGAGUUUCAUAAAUCUUAUUUAGUGGCUGUGCAUGCGCGUGGGUGGAGUUUCACCUUCUCCAUAUUCAGAAGUUGGGUGGCUGCUUGAAGCUCGCGCUCUUCGCCGUAUAAAGAGAGGCCCUCGGUCUCUUUAAGACAAGACAAAUUAACGACUUGUACAAAUAAUUGGCCGCAUUGCUUCAUUUUUUGACAUCACUAAAACAUUUAUGGUGUCCGCUGACGCGCUUCAUGCUUGAGACGAGGCCAGAGGACCAUGAUGGAGUACUUGAGCGACAAGUUCUCCUUGAAAAGUCAAGCGAUUAAAGGCAGCGAUUACUACAUGGACCAAGUCAUGGAGACUUUAGACAAUGUGCAGUACUACAACAAGACAUCACCUAAAUGCGUGCAGGCCUUCUCGAUGCAGAGCAAUGAUCAACACGCCACCAUGGACAGAUCGUCUCCGUGCGACAACCAAAAUAGCGUGAAUUACUGCGCUCCUAAAACCGAAGACAGCGGCCUUCACGCGAUGGAGAACUGCUGCAGCAUCAGAGUCUCCCCGGCCGCGGCCGGACCGGACAAGACGGACCUGGACGACAUCGGAGAAAAAUGCGACAGCAACGUGUCCAGCAGCAAGAAGAGACGCCAUCGCACGACCUUCACGAGCGCUCAGCUGGAGGAACUAGAGAAGGUCUUCCAGAAAACCCAUUACCCAGAUGUUUACGUGAGAGAACAGCUGGCCAUGAGAACAGAGCUCACGGAGGCCAGAGUUCAGGUAUGGUUCCAGAACAGAAGAGCCAAGUGGAGAAAGCGAGAAAGAUACGGACAGAUCCAGCAGGCCAAAAGCCACUUUGCAGCGACCUAUGACAUAUCAAUGCUGCCCCGGACGGACAGCUACUCACAGAUUUCCAACAACUUAUGGACGGGUCCCACUCCAGGCAGCUCUGUGGUCUCGUCCUGCAUGAUCCCGCGGGGUUCCCCUCCCUGCGUGACGUCUCCCUACCCCCACUCGCCGAGGGCCGCUGAGCACAGUUACGUGGGAUUCCCCAAUCACCAGCAAAAUCAGUUUGGAAUGUCUCUCAACAACUUCUUCGCCGAUUCACUUCUGGCUCCUUCACCGAACAGUCACGCCGCGUUUGAGACCAAACCCGAGUUUGAGCGGCGGUCCUCCAGCAUCGCUGUGCUGCGGAUGAAGGCGAAGGAACAUGCAGCCAACAUAUCUUGGACCGUGUGAACUCUGAACUUACUCUAAUAGUCCUGAUCUCAACAGUCUUUACCUAUAACGGCACAGUUACCUUCAUGAAUUUGUUUUCAUUUUAUUUAAUUUUUUUAUUGGAACAACAAAGAUAUCGGCCGUAAUUAAGUUUUAAGUCGUUUCAGAAAUAAUUUAAUUAGGAAACCUCUUGAUUAAACAGUAGUGAUUCUUAUUUUGUCUUAGCAUCUCUUGUUGUGAAUAUGAAGAACUACAGUAUUAUACGCUCAUGACUUUGACAGAGAUGUUAUGGCUGACAUACUAACACUAUGUCUUUGUGCUUUGCAGCAAAGCUGUUAAAUGCUCUCUAGCUGUGGCUAGUCUACAGUGCCACAUGCAAAGGAGCAAUUUUUUAUUUUAAG